AAAAAAAAUUCAAAGGAUAUAAAAUAUUAAAAGCUAUAUUUUUUUGGUCAUAUUAUGUCUGAUAAGAAAAUGGAUAAUAGUGAAGUAACUGACAAGAAAAUGGAUAAAAGUGAAGUAACUGAUUUUCGACAAUUGUGGGUAAAAGAGAAAUAUCAAGAAGUUCAAGCAUUAAUAAACAAACACGAAGUAAAGUGUGAUUCGAAUCAACUUUAUGAAAAAAAAUGUAAAGCCAUAGAAAUUUUAUUGGAGAUACUAGAUGUGCUUACUAAAGAGACUUUUUGUACUGUAACGAUUGCAAUAACUCACUUAAACAUAGGCAUCUUACAAGCUGAUGUACAAGAUAUAGAAAUUGCCAAAGAAUAUUUCAUGAGGUGUAUCGAUUUGUUAGAAGAGUGCAAAUUGACACCCGAGGGCAUUUUACCAGUUAUAAUUGCCAACAAUCAAAUGGGUAUAGUUUAUGCGCAACAGCGCUCCUAUCAGAAGGCUAGAGAUUAUCUAGAGCAGGCAGAGAGUAUAUACAUUAAGUUUACAGAAUAUGUUCGACUUGAUCCUGUUCAUAUGGUAACCAUCAUGGGUAUUGAAGAAAUAGAGGGUGACUUAAGCGCUAAGAAUGUUCUCGAGAAACUCCACACAUUAACAUUGUAUUAUUUAGCACAGGUGUGCCGUGAGCUAGAUGACAAGUGUAAUUUUGCAUUAUAUUGUCACAGAACACUGAGCAAACAAUUAAGCCAAAAUAAAAUAACACAAGAUUUGGAUUAUAUCGACUGGGCUUUAAAUGCUGCGACAAUAUCUCAAUAUUUUAUAGAAAAUGACAAAUUUCCACAAGCAAGGCAUCAUCUAGCUGCAGCAUCCUGUGUAUUAGAAAAAUAUUCAGAGACUUUUAAAGCAAAAGACACUGAAGAAAUAAGUGAGGACAUGCAGAAGUCUGCAGAAUAUGAAAAUUACUGUCAUAGAUCAGCAGACAUUGCUAGAUGCUGGGCAAAAUACGGUAUUGCUCUUUUGAGUACAUCUAAGGAAAGAUUAAUGAAAAAAGCUGAGCAAGAAGAUGAAAUAAACAAUUCAAAACAUGAAGUUUCCAAUGAGGAUUGCAAAUAUUCUCAUGCAAGCGAAGCCACAGAAAAUCCAAAAUUUGUAGAUUUAGAACCAGAAUUGGAAGUAAUUACUAGUGAAAUCACAGAUAAGUAUCUAUUGGAUUUUGAUGAUGCUAAACCAGUGUUCUUAAAUGUUCGGAAGUGGUUAAACAAGGCAAAGCAAUAUUAUAGUUUUGAGAAUCAUGCAUCAGAUUAUGCGUGUAUUGCGCAAGAUAUAUCUCAAGCAUACAAGUAUUUGGCAUUUUACGAAGAGAACGAAGACAGACAAGCAAAGAUGCACAAAAGACGUAUAGACACUCUGGAGGAAGUCAGUCAGGGAUUAAGUCCACGAUUUUAUAGAAAUAUUUGUCGAGAAAUUUGGCUUGAAUUGGCGGAAACAUAUUCGAAGAUCUUGGAGAUAAAAAUUGAUCGUUUGCAAGCGCUCAAUGAUAAGCCGACGAAUCAGAUGAUAGCAAAGAUCGAACGCUUGGCAAGAAAUAGCAUAAAGCACUAUCAGUUGUACGUGAAUUCUUUGGAGAUGAAAGAAUCCAAUGACGGCAUUGCAUCCUUCUCGCACAGCGAUCUAUAUCAGGCGUUGUAUUCUUAUUUCCACAUUGGAAGACUGUAUAAUAAGAUUAUAACUUCUGUCCCAGAACAAAAGAUAGAAAACAUAGAGAAAAGUUUAGAGGCAUAUUCGUUUGUUGCUAAUUAUUACGACAAGCAUCCAGAUAUUCAAGAGGAAUUUAAAAAAUACGAAUUUAUAAAAUUAUCCAAGGAAUUUGCCGAUGUACUGCCGCUUACAUUAGAUAAAUUGAGAUAAAUUUAAUCAAUUUUUUAUUCUCCUUUUUUCUGUAAUAUAUUCGUUUUAAAAUGUAAAAAGAUAUUUUGUUAUCGUUUUUCUUACAUAUGAAAUACACGUGAUGAUUUUUUUAACAAGAUUAAAAAUGCAUAAGACAAUAUGUAUUCAUGAAAGUAUAUGUUGAAUUUUUUAAAGCUCACUU